GCUAGGCAAGUUGAGUUCUCAUAUGUAUGUGUCUCUCAACCCCCCUCCACCCCCUAAAUAAUUAUUGCGACUAGGGAAAUUUCAGUAAGUAAUAGUGAGUUUGAGAUUGAGCAGCUCGCUUCCUCGGUUAAUCGCGGCCCCGCUUCAAAUGACAAACCUUGUGUUCCUCCACCCCGUCAUCCCUUCCAUCCUUGAACAAACGACACAACCACCUUAUGAAUAGCUUCCAAUCUUCAUAUUGUCGAGGCUCAAAGAUCAAUAAACUAGUCUUAUGCUAAAGCCUCACAUUAAUCCUUUGUCGUGCCUCCAUAAAAAGCGACCCCGCUUCUCAUUUGCGCUACACUUCCAUAUCAAAACCCGAGCUCUCUCAACCAAAAUGGCACCUCCAAAGUCCUGGCUACCCAUUCCUGAGGACAGUGACUUUUCACUGGCCAACAUUCCGUUUGGCGUGAUAAUCAGCAAAAAUUCACAAAACUUCAAAAGACCGGCGAUUCCUAUUGGAGAUCAUGUUCUUGAUCUCAAAGCAUUCACCGAAGGAAAUGGAUUCUCGGCAUUAGCUUCUUUUCCUUCAGGCCAAUUUUCAGUAUUCUCACAGCCAACGCUCAGUGCAUUCGCGGCUUUGGGCCAAGAGACUCACAAUUUAGUACGAGAGUAUAUUCAAGAUGUGUUCUCCGAGACGACUUCUCAUCCCGAGGUUUUGAAAGACAAUCCUGCAUUACAGAAAGAAGCCUUAUUACCAAAACACGAGACAAAGCCUCAGAUACCGAUGCAGAUUGGAGAUUACACUGAUUUCUAUGCUGGGUAUAAUCAUGCUUUCAAUGCUGGGUAUGUCAGCUUUUUUUCGCACCCUAAUGUUCUUUCGAGUGUAAUGAGGCCAUCCAACUAACGGACAAACAGUGCACUUUUCCGUGGACCUGAAAAUGCUCUUCAACCAAACUAUCUCCAUAUUCCAGUAGGCUACCAUGGUCGUGCAUCAUCAAUUGUCGUAUCAGGGACACCCAUAAUUCGACCCAGUGGACAAAUUCUCCACGACCCAGCGGCAACUCCAAAAGCCCCAAUCUUCUCUCCCUGUAGAAGACUUGACUUUGAAGUCGAACUAGGCUGUUUCCUCUGUGAAUCUAAUUCUAUGGGUACAUCACUCCCAAUCAACUCCUCUGCGGAGAAAGCAAUUUUUGGCUACGUUCUAUUGAACGAUUGGUCCGCGAGAGAUAUUCAAGCCUGGGAAUAUGUACCACUUGGUCCAUUCAACGGAAAGAACUUUGGCUCUACUAUUAGUCCUUGGAUUGUCCUUCCGUCUGCUUUGGAACCAUUUCGGGCUUCCAAAUUGGAGAAUACGACGGAACUCCUUCCGUACCUUCAGGAAUCGAGGGAGGAUACCGUUUAUGACAUUUCACUCUCUGUUGAUUUGACAACUCCCGAGCAAGACACGACGACUAUCUCAACUGUAUCAUCAUCAAAUCUCAUAUGGUCAUUCCCCCAAAUGAUAGCUCACCAUUCAGCCGGUGGCUGCCCCAUGAAUGUUGGGGAUUUCUUAGGAAGUGGCACCAUCAGUGGGAAGAGCGACAAGGAACUCGGCAGUCUUUUGGAGAUGACUGAAGGUGGGAAGAGAGAGAUCAUGUUAGCAGGAAUGGAUGUGAGGAAGUUUUUGAAGGAUGGUGAUACUAUUACUCUUCGAGGGAAAUGUGGAGAAGGUGUGGGCUUUGGGGAAUGUACAGGGAAGAUCUUUGGUGCUGUUCAAUCUUGA